CCUUGCCUUCUCGCGCCAUUUCCACUGCACGGACUUCAAUUCGCACCAUCGUCCUGCGAUGGAUCCAGAUGAUUCAAUUGUCGGAAAACUGGUGGCCAAAUGCAAAAGCAACGAUGUUGACGUCAAAGUUGACGCAUUAACCAAACUUCAAUCUGAAUUCGAAUCCGGCGCUGAGAUCAAUGACCCCGACGCUCUCAUCAACGUUCUCAAGGCAUGUUUACGAACGUCUAACCAACAUCUCACCGCUGCAACGCUCUCUGUUCUGCCACCAUUAAUAUCCCUUCUCGUCUCUCGUCAUACUAUCCACGCUCCGGGACGCGGUGUCGUCUCGCCCUCCCUGUCUUCAUCGACAUCCUCCUCUUCCUCAUUCGUGGAUAACGUCACACUUCGACAACUCCUUACUGCAUUUCUUCCUGCGGGAGGACUCAUAGAACGUCUAGGUGAUAAGGAAAAGGCUCAAUUGAAGGCUCGGGAAGCCUUGGUAAUCCUGGGAGGCUUCGCGUACCGUGCUGGCGGGACUAGCAUGAUGUCCACCGGCUCAAGAGGGGCAAAGGGCCCCGAAACGCCGUUGGCGAUGUUUGAAAGGUCUCUUCGAGAGAAUGGACUCGCCAGCAAGGUGUGGAAAGUGCGAGAACAGUCAAUCCUUACUCUCGUCCACAUUCGCCGAAAUUAUCAUAUAUUCCCUAUCCGGCCUUAUUUGUCCCUCCUUGUUGACAGUCUCGAAGACACAGAUGCUCACGUACGUGAAUGUUCGCGUCAAUCUGUGGUCGAACUUUUUUCGGGUCCAGCAGUCACUGAUGCGGCCCGAGCUGAUCUGAAGAAGGAAUUAACCAAAAAAGGCGUUAGGAAGACCAUUGUUGAUGGAGUGCUUUCAAAACUUCUGGGGUCUGGUUCCGGGACAGGGAGUGGGCUCCAUAGUAGAGAAGGUUCUGAGAGCGGUGACAGCGUCACGAAGACGAAGGAAUAUGUCCCCCCUAGUAUCAUGCUUCAGAACCGCAAGUCCUCCGCACCUCCUGGGAAUGGGAUCCCGAGAGCCGCCAGUUCGACGGGCAUCCCAAGACCGGCUAGUCGCGCCGGUGCUGCAUCUCCAAGUGUAGCCACCCCGGUUGUCGAGUCUCAGGCUUCUGAGAUCCGUGCUGUCUAUGUGGCUUCCAGUCGUGAUCUAGAGAACGAAUUUCUAGGUAUGGCGAAACCUUUUGAGGGAAAGGAAACGGAGCAUAAUUGGGCAGCACGCGAUCAAUCCAUAUCCAGAGUGCGUGGCAUGCUCAAAGGCGACGUUCACGCAAGGUAUCAUGACACUUUCAUGGCUUGCUUGAAAGACGGCUUCAUCCAGUGGUCGAUCAAAACGCUGAUUAGUCUGCGGACGACUGUUGCUACGAAUACUAUUUCCCUCUACUGCGAAUUGACUUCUGCUCUGGGAGCUGCUUUGGAUCCUUUCUGCGAUGUUCUCCUUUCCAAUCUGCUCAAAAUGGCCGGAUUCACCAAGAAAAUUACGGCACAGGAGUCGCAAGCUGCAACUCUACAGGAAAAGACAGUGCAAGCGCGGGCGUAUGCAACAGGGCAUGUGAAACAUUACUUGGAAGUCCACGGACAGCGUGCAAAAUUGGCCAUAGAAAGCAGCGGAGGGCUAGAGACUUUGGAAAAAUCAUUGAAGAAAUCUCUAGCAGAUCCCAAUCCCGCUGUCAAGGCAGAGGCGCGAAAAUACUUCUGGGUCUUCCAGAGCUUCUGGCCAGAGCGCAGCAGCGUUAUCUCCGAAUCACUGGAUUCGGUCGCACGAAAGCAGCUCGAAAAAGCUUGUCCUGAUCCCAACGCCGCCACCGUUUUGCCUCCAGUUGCCUCGAAACCAACUAAGAAAAGCAGUGUGGCAGCUGCAAUUGCAGCUAGCCGGGCCAAAGCGAAAGCAAUUGCGACCUCUCCUCCUACAUUACGACAUCAAGCAACUGCCUCUCAUACGCCUUUCAAGCGGUCUGGUUCACCGGCGCCAACUUCUCCUCCAUCAAGAUUCACACCGCGUCCUUCAUCCCCUUUACGUACCUCUACUUCGCCUCCUUCAACACGCUCUCGUAUGAUAUCUGACAACCUCAAUCGUUCUGCGAACGCAGGAAAUAUACCAACCACCCCCCCUCGUUCAAAUCCGCGAGCGAGUCUAGUCAGAUCUUCUUCUCCACAGUCUCCCGAAAACUCGUUCCAACGGCGCACAUCACCGGCCUCACCUCUUGCUGGUCCGUCUAAUCGACAGUCUAUUCUUCAGAGAGCGGCUCGAACAGCAUUACCCGCUUCACCUCCCUCCUCUGUAGGCUCUCCGCCCCGCCGCAGUCCCGCCAAGAGACUUGCCACUACGCCUACACAUGUCCGACACUCUACCCUCCUCAUUGAUGCGGCAGGUCCGGAAGAUUCUCUGCUUCUAGCGCAAAGCAUACCAAUACCUGAUUAUGACACUGACUCCGAUGAUCACUCUAUAAACCUCAUGUCCUUUUCUGCCCCCUUCGAGCAAUACCCAACUGAAACGCCCAAGUCAGAUACUCGGACCCAGUCACUUUCGCCCAAAUCAAUAGGCUCGAAGCCUAUUCUCGGUGUUCCCAAUGUUCUAUCUUCUGACUCUGUGGUUGACCUUGGGGAUGGCCGGCCUGUCGUCGAAGAUGCGCUAAGAGCGCGGGCUGAGCAGGCGGAGAGCGCCGCAGAGCGACUCCUGGAGCUCGUGGAACCAGAGGAGGAAGGGCUAGAUCAUCCUAGGAUACCCUCAUCGCUCUUCGCUGGUAGUACUAAUGGGCUUUCGACGCCUAAGAUGAAAGCGAAACCAAUGCCUUUACAACCUAUUCAAGGACAGGUACCACCAACCACUCCUGUGAACCGGGUUACAUCUGUCAUGCGACAGGCGGCACUUUUCAAGGAUAGCCCAGUGGGCAAGACUAACUCACCGUCCCUGAUGGAUGUUCUCCAACAAGACCGCCGGCAAGAGAGUGGUUGGUGGCUCAAGCGAAAGGCUUUGAUCGCUCAUCGUUUAAGCUUUGAAGAUGCCACUAGUUCAGACCAUGAGAAGGAACUCCAAGGAUAUAUCGCCCGAAUGGAAGCUGGUGAUGUAGACGUUGACCUUCUCCGGCGGAUAGCUCUUUUCUGUAUAGCGAACCCUGCGGCCGAACCGUCAUCACCUAUGAGUCCCGACCUGGGUUAUCCCGGCAGCCCUUCUCCCUUUGCCAGCUCGUCUUCUGUGCCAAAUCUUCAUUCUGAUAUAUGGGAGAGGAACAAUAACUCUGACCGGUUCUUGAAUGCACUCAUUCAAUGUCUGGACCCACUCAAGAGCGAGGAAGAACUCGAGUAUGGACUUAUCGUCCUAUGGGAAGUGCUUGAAAACCAGGCGGCUUAUAUUGAAGGACAUGAAGCAGAUAUACUGUCUGCUUUGCUCCGAAUACGUUAUUGCAACAAGCCUAACGUAUUAGAGGCUACCAACACAAUCCGUGAUGCCUUGGCUUUCUAUAUUGAACCUGUGUAUGGAUUGACCACCAUGCACGCCAGCCUACGGACCUUCAGGACUGAACCUCACCCUGAGUUUUCGGAUGAAGAAGUUCAAACUGCAACAUAUGCGUUUGGCCUGAUCGCUCUUGGGAAAUUUAUCCUCCGUCUACCCGCAGAAAUCGCAGAAGAAGAGAUACCCCGUCUCAGGACGACCCUCAUCACUUCGCUAAAUGAUAAGACAUCUCUUGUAGUGAGAGAGUCGGCCGCCGCUGUGAUAAUUGCUGCCCAGCUGGUGCUACGGGAUGAAACACACUUAUUCGUUCUUCUGGAUGGCCUAGCCGACGAAAAGAAAAAUCUGCUGACUUAUCUGUUCGAUAAGCAUGGUGUCCGGGGACUACCGAAUUCGAAUGGAACUUCCGGUAUCAAUCGACUGGAGAAAGAGAUGAGAAGAUUAGAUACCCGUACCAGCAUGCCUCCCAGGCCUACUGAUUGAAACCAAGAGACAUUUGGGCAGCCGUCGACGGUUCCAAAUAUGUUAUUGAUGUAGCCUGCAUGACGUCUUGAUAUACUUUCUAGCAUGGCCCUCUGCAACUGUACGAUUAUUACACUAAGCAUUUUCCUGUCUCUACCCUACUAUUGUUGUUACUAUUUUAAUAUUUUAGCUAAGAGAUCGGGUGAAUUGUAUGUCUUAGACGAUGACUCCUGACUUGGUUACUUGAACAGCAAAUAUCACGACCACUUUCCUUCCACCUUGCAGCUAGUCAUGGUUUCUUUCAACAUUGCCAACGACGUCGACGGAUAUACGUCUUUCUCGGAAUACGGCAGGCCGAACAAAGCGUAUUCAUCCGC